AUGGCAACGGCAAGGAAAAGUUCCACAUCCAAGGGGGGAGGAGUCCGUUUCCCUGACGAUGAUGACAGCGUCCUCACCAGCGAGAGCUCUGAGGAAACACAGAAAGAGAAGAUCAUUACUGCCAUUCCUGAGUCUGACGGAGCAUACCUGGUUAAGGCGGGUUUUUUGAGGAGUCAGCAUAAGUAUGAGAUUGUCUUCACCCUUCCACAAGUUCCAUCUCUCGGCAAAGAUGUCUGCCUUUCUCCCGCCCUCAGGACCACGCCCAAACCCCGCUUACGGGCCACGCGGAUCACACCGCGCCCAGAAGGCGGGGUAAAAGUGGUGUGUGAGUACAUGGCCCAGCAGGAGGGAGUGGUUCAGGAAGAUCUGAGUCUGGUAAACAGGACCAGGAGAGACGGCAGUGUGAAAGUCAGAGUACAGGCCAGAGUCAUGGACCGUCACCAUGGUACCCCUAUGCUGUUGGAUGGAGUGCGCUGUAUUGGAGCAGAGAAAGAGCUUGCUCCAAAAAACAAUGACAGAAAACAGAAUUGA